AUGUAUCAUAUCGAGCUGUUAAACCCACCUAGGGUGCCAAGCCCAUCUGGGCCGGAGGACAUACUAAUCGACAUAGACUCCACGUUCUCACCUUAUACGGUGCCUAAAGACUCGUAUUCAGGCCCGAGGUACACGGACCACAUAGACUGGAACCAGAAAUAUGUUACCUGCGUCGCAUCCACCCUCCUAACCCCCGAAGAGCUGGAAUUAGUCCGGGGCCAUCUCGAAGACCGAUUCCACGAGGAAGUAUGCGGUAGGCUACGUUACCGCCAAACGUUCCUAUCGGGCUGGGCGCGUAGUCUGCUAAUGGCGCCAGCGCCCCAGUAUCAAUUCAAUGUCCCCAUAUGUUGGUCCCCCGAUAUUUUCGACUACGCCAACAAGCAGACUGCUGUGUAUUUCGUGGGCGGCGGUCCCAAUCCCGAAUCCGUUGGCCACCGUCAUGGCUACAGUGACAGCCGGUUAGGCUGCUAUAUUUACCGUUUAUGGUAUACGCUGCACGGCGGGCGACCCAAUCUACAGCGACAACAUUUCUUCGCGAAGGCGUUGCGCCUACCGAAGAGCGAAGCCGCGGACUGGAUUAUUCCUCAACUUUUGGUUGAUCACCACCGGCUCUGCGAUGCAACGGAGACGUGUCUCGAGAAUGAUGUUGUGCGGUUGUAUUGCGAGGAUUCUGCUAACCAUAAUUUUCCCGCCGCCGGAUGGGACGGCGAAGACGUGGCCGUGCUGAUGGUGCGGACUGGGAAUGAUGUACAUCUUAGCCGGCCCGUUUCAUUUGAGGGGUUAGUUAGGGAAGGGAAAACAUUUCCAUUAGGUUUAGAAGAGGGAAAGUUAGCUGAAGGGUUCGACGUCGUGCGGGUAAAGGUUGCGGUGGCGAUGCGCUUUCUGUUCGACCUACAGGCUAGAGAAGAGGCUGCUAUUCCAAGCUUGCGACAGGAAUCAGCCGAGCUAACGGAGGAGCGCGAGAGAGCUUGCCAUGCUUGGGUCGAAAGCGUGCUACAACAUGCCUCUCUCUCGGAAGUUGGGAUCGACGGAAAUGAGUUUACAUGGGAGGCGGUGCGGCGGAUGUGGGCCAAACGAGAUGGUGAGAUCUUCAAUCGUCGCAUCCAGGACGAGACACGAUUAAUGCCGCUAUACUCAUGGUGGUGGGCUACGGUGAAGCCUAUGAAAAUAAACUCUCUUUAG